UCGCCUCGCCUCGCCUCGUCUCAGGCGGGACGGGCCGACCGCGCCUCACGCCGGGCCCCGCCGCUGCCAUUCCCCCGGCACACACGGCCGUCCUGGCCGCCAGCCCUCCCCUGGCGGCGGGGGGAUGUGAAGGGGCGAGGGCCGAGCCGGGGGAGCCGUCUCGGCGUGGGGAGUGAGGAGAAGGAGGAGGAGAAGGAGCGGGCCUGGCCGGGGGCUUGCCCGGGGCCCGUGGGCGAGUGGGAGGGAUUAGUUCGGAUCUGCUCGCCGCUCUUUCCGAAAGAUAUCCUGUAGCAUGGCAGGUGAAGAGGACUUCUUUUUGGAAGAAAAAAGGUUCAAUCAGUACUGUGAAGAAUUUAUUAAACAUUCACAGCAAAUAGGAGAUGGCUGGGAGUGGAGAACUAGCAAGGACCUUGGUGAUGGUUAUCUUAGUAAAACACACUUUCAAGUAAGAAAUAGAAACAUCCCAUCAGACCUCAAGGAGAAAAACAAUGAUAACAUUGAACAAAUGUUAUUUACACGUGUUGAAGAGUCUUUGGAUGAUUCUCAAGUAGCUGGAGUUUGUGCAACAGAAGAAGUGAUUCGCUAUGAAUAUCACAUCUUGUACUCCAGCAGCUACCAAGUCCCUGUGCUUUAUUUUAGGGCAUGCUUUUUAGAUGGAAGACCUUUAACUCUGGAUGAAAUAUGGAAAAGUGUUCAUGCAUGCUACCAGGCUCGUCUGCUGGAGGGGCCCUGGGACACUAUUACACAGCAGGAGCACCCCUUACUUGGGCAGCCAUUUUUUGUUCUGCACCCCUGCCGGACUAAUGAAUUCAUGUCUUCUAUACUGACUGGUUCACGGAAACAGAACAGACACACAAACUACAUUAUAUUGUGGCUCAGUAUUGUAGGCCCAGUUGUGGGUCUAAAUCUGCCCCUGAGUUAUGCAAAACUAGGACCUGAGCAGAAUACAAACACUGAUUCAGUUGAAAGACCUCUGAGCUGAAGGACAGAUGAUGGUUAGCUGUAGUAAAGCUAUUGCAGACUUUCCUAUGGAUGAAAUCAGACAAGGGAAUCCUUCCUGACUGGUGAGCAAUGCAAUGUGGAAAUAGGACUGUUCAUGGCUCUUUCUCUGGCAAGAACUUGCCUGGUUACAGUCGAAGACCUAAGAGUUGGCUGCAGUUGUGACAACAACUCUCAAGCAUCACCAAGACCUGAACUCCCUUGUGAUUGCAUUGACCCCUUGAAGUGACUCAUUUCCUACCUCUGUCCUACUGUGGUUAUGGCCUUAGUAACUCUGCACACAAGUGCACAAGCCUAUGGUUCCUUGAUACAGAAUUGAGAUGAUGGGUUUGGAUCUACUAAACUUAUCUAUUAAAAACCAUGUCCCUAGAAAAUCUGAACCAUCUGUGAGGAUAUGUACAGAAAAAUACUCACAGGAUGUGGUUUAAGCUUGUGGCAAUCAGUGUAUGGGCUGAGACUACUUCGCCUAGGGACCACCUUCUCCACCACAGCCUGAUGCACGGACCAUCCUUGUCUUCCGCACCACACACAGAAUAGCCUGAUCCAAGGACUGAAUAAUACUUUGCUGAGAAUAUUUUGUGUACGUCAUGCUUCAGGGAACAGACAGGAUCAGAAUUGUAGACAGAGUACUUAUGGUCUGCAUCUGUAGUUCUAGAGUUCAAGGUGCCUCAUGCUAUCGAGUGGGAACAUCUGGCUUUUCUGUGCUUCACUGCCUCCAAAGGAAGCUUCACCGUACCCUGUGGGAGUUACUGUUGUAGUCGAUUAGUAUUUCUCAUUGUACUAGUAGUUGUUCACAGGUUCGGUCCCUGUCCUGCAGUCUUUGUGCAAGCCUCCCCUGACAGCUGGUGAAUUUUGGGCAAGUAGGAAUUGCAUAGUAGUGCAAUCAGUGAAAAACAGAUUAGAAGUAACUUCCAUACAAGUCAUCUUGGAUUCUUUCCCAAUCACAUUUUAUUUGCAGUAUAAACCAGACCACAAGUCCUGAGCAGUUGAGAUGGAAUUACAGAUUUUACUUUCUAUGUUCAGCAAUAUGUUACUUGCAUCCAGAGUCCAAUGUAUGCCACAUCAGAGCUGGAAAUGUGAAAUGUAUUGGGUUUCAGAUUCUGGGUUUUCGGAUAUUUUGAUUGGUUGCAUAUUUUUAACUUACAUCAUAUGUUAUUGGUGGAUUGAAAUACAGUGGAGUCUUUAAAAUUCCAUUGGUGCAGAAUUCUUUUGCCAGCCAUUUGGAAUUAAUAAUGAAAGCACAUAACUUAUUCUGGUCGGGAUCAUAACAACCUGAAAAGCCAUUUUUCCAUGUAAGACUUAUAAAAUACAGCUUUCCGCUCAUGUACUGUGACAGUAGCUACAUUGUCUUUUUUAACACUUUUGCUAACAUAUGCUUGAUAAUUGCAUCCAUAGCCCAUUUUCACAUUUAAGGGAGACUUACAUAGGAGGAAAAACAAAAAAGUCCACCAGACAACAGCAGUUUUAAGAGCUGUUAAAUGUUCAUCUUCAUUUGUGAUACCCAGGAACAGUGGAGAAAAAGCAAUCAGCCCUCCUCAGCUGCCCUGCAUUGGUAAGCAGCCCUCUCUCAGCUUCUCCUGCCUCUACCCAACACAUUGGCACACUCACACUGUGCUGGCUAGCCCUUGGGACCUUUAUUCUCAGUAUAACUUAGAACUGGCCUCAGGUAGCUUUAUUUAAAUCAAGGUCUGAAUGAGCUCCUGCUGUCCUUAGAAUCAGGGAAGUGGAAAGGAUUGAGGGAGUUGUUCCCUGUGAACCACCAGCACUGAGAGCUGCAUCAGCAUGUCUGAGCAUCAGUGAUGCUCAUUUUCCCAAAGCAUCACAGGUGUUACCUGGUAUUGCACUGAGGGCUGACUAUACAGAAGAAAUUCCACUUUUAAACAAUAGAAAUAAUAAAAUGCAAUCCUGAAUACAGAGUGGCUUUGGAAUAACUUGUAGCUGAAAUGCUGGUUUUGGUGUUCUCAUAUACUGGGCAAGAGCUGUUCCUUGAUAAAGGAGAAGAAAAGAGCCCAAACAACUCUGAGUAUUAUUUUCAGUACUAGUUGUUCGACUUUGAGAAGAUUCAACUGCUAAAAUGCUGCUGUGCAAAAUUUAUAAGCGUAGUUUCAUAAGCAUUUCUUGGAGACCAGCUCUUCCUGUUUCUGUCUUGGAAGCAGAAACUGCGGUACAACAGCAUUAUUCAUAAUAGGAUUUAGCCAGUUGGGUUUCUUCACUGUGGGCAAGGCUGCUUAUGGCGGGUCUGUGAAGUGUCACUGCUGUACUCCGAAUGUCAGCAUCUCAUCCAUGUGACACUGUGCAUGGGGUACUGUAACUUACAGGUUGUAAUUACGGACAAAAGAAAGCAAGUGUGAAAUAGGACUGUGAGAAUAUACCCCAGUCACUUUUCUCCACUCCAUCGGCCUUCCGUUGCACCUUAAUAUUCUCUUCUUUUUUUUUCAGGAAUUACAAGAAAAGCGGAAUUUGUAUGUAAAUAAGAAAUAAAUAGUUUUCUUUUACAUGGA